AUGACUAUUGCUGCAUAUGCGUAUGAAACAAAUGAAGCAAGAAGAGCACAUGAACUAGUAAACGAAAACUCAACUUUAACCAUUGAAGGCAAUGAUUUAGUCAUUGACAAUGGAAAAACUAAAAAAGUCAUUGAUUUCGAUACUUUUAACACGUAUGACCCAUUCAUUACAAUAAGUAAAGUUCCUAUCAUAAAUGAUGGAACGGUGCAAUAUAUAAAUUCUACAGUAGAUGCCUCAUUAGUGAAAGUAUUAAAUGUUCUCAUUGAAUUGUUAAAGAGCUUUCGAUUUGACGACAACAUUAAAUGCCUAAAGAAUUUAGUCAUGAAUGAGAAACAAAUUCUCGGCGUUGCUGGUAACAGUAAUGAUGUACACCUUAUGACAUUAGAAUAUUAUAACGAACAUAAAGAUGAACUGAAAGGAGAGAAGGGUGACACCGGACCUCAAGGACCACAAGGAAUACAAGGACCUCAAGGCGAAAACGGUUUGGAUGGUGAAGAUGGAAAGGAUGGAAAAACUGCUAAAUCAUGGAUAUGGAACCUUAUAAAUACUGGUUUAACAGCUGCUUCAUAUGGAGUUCUUCAAUACCAAAUCGGAAAGAUAUGGGCGGUACUUGGUGAAGAAGUUUUAAAUGACGUUAAAAAUGCUUUGAACUUCAUUUCAAAUGGUUCGGAUACUAUUAAAACUUUAUCUGGUUGGAUGCAAGAAACAAGGAGUCAAAUAGAUACUGUAAGACGUAUAGCAAACAAUGCACGUACGGGAUUGGAUACUUUACGAGAAGCACAAAAUACACUAAAGGAAGCAAAUGAUAUUCUUGGCUCAGUAUCAGACAUGCAUGAAGAUUGGUUUAAAGGUAUUGACAAAUCUUUAAAAAAUCACAGUCAGUCUAUUGCUGACUACAAGAAAAGUAUAGAUUUUUUACAUAGUGCUAUGGACGUACAUGAUGGAAGCAUAAGGAACUUA